GCCUGGGAAGGACAAGCUUUUAGGCGCAGGCUCCGGAAUGGAGCCGGAGGCCGCUAGUGUGCUGCGGGGCUCCGAGAGCCUCCGCCGCUGGUGUGCUGUCGGGAUCCCGGAACCUCCGCCGCUGGUGUGCUGCCGGGCUCCCGGAGCCUCCGACCGUUGGCUUAACCGACCGGGCUAGGCUGGGCCGGGGUCUCCCGCCCCUAGCCGGAACACUGCGUCUGCGGCGCCACGCCCUCGGGCACCACCCUGCAGCCGUGGGCGGGCCCCUGGCUGCCCCCAGCCGGGGACCGCCUGCUAAUGAGAUGUUAAUGAGGCUCCAAUAAAGUCUGCCGGCUGAGCGUGCUUGGCCGAAGCCCACGCCCAGCUAGACUCGCCUGUCGGGCGCACCGGCCCGCAGCCCUCAACCCCAGAUUUUGGUCCGCGCCUCCUCUGCCUCUUCCACCCCCUCUUCCUCCUCCUCCUCCACCCUCCUUCCUCUGUCCCCGCCUCCCAACCCGCCCGGACUGGCACGCCCGCCUGGCAGGAAGAGACCCCUGCGGGCUCCCAAGCCCCCCGAUUUCACUUGAAGUGGAACGGAUUGCGGCUGUCUGUGGAGCAGCUGACAGAGAGGAGAGGAGCCCAUCUGGCAACCACGUGCCUCUGCCCCUUCCCAGGAACCCCUCCCUGGGGUCUCCAUGGCCUCACCCACCUCCACCAACCCAGCGCAUGCCCACUUUGAGAGCUUCUUGCAGGCCCAGCUGUGCCAGGAUGUGUUGAGCAGCUUCCAAGGGCUAUGCGGGGCCCUGGGGCUGGAGCCUGGUGGGGGGCUCUCCCAGUACCACAAGAUCAAGGCCCAGCUCAACUACUGGAGUGCUAAGUCGCUGUGGGCCAAGCUGGACAAGAGAGCGAGCCAGCAGGUCUACCAGCAGGGCCGGGCCUGCACCGGCACUAAGUGCCUGGUGGUGGGGGCGGGACCUUGCGGGCUGCGGGCUGCUGUGGAGCUGGCGAUGCUGGGAGCCCGAGUGGUGCUGGUGGAAAAGCGCACCAAGUUCUCUCGCCACAACGUGCUCCAUCUCUGGCCCUUCACCAUCCACGACCUUCGGGCACUCGGCGCCAAGAAGUUCUAUGGGCGCUUCUGCACAGGCUCCCUGGACCACAUCAGCAUCCGGCAACUGCAGCUCCUCUUGUUGAAAGUGGCAUUACUGCUGGGGGUGGAAAUCCACUGGGGCAUCACUUUCACUGGCCUGCAGCCUCCUCCCAAAAAGGGGAGUGGUUGGCGUGCUCAGCUCCAGCCCAGCCCCCCAGCCCAACUGGCCAAGUAUGAAUUUGAUGUCCUCAUCUCUGCGGCUGGAGGUAAAUUUGUCCCUGAAGGCUUCACAGUGCGAGAAAUGCGCGGCAAACUGGCAAUUGGCAUCACGGCUAACUUUGUGAACGGGCGCACCGUGGAAGAGACACAGGUGCCCGAGAUCAGUGGUGUGGCCAGGAUCUACAACCAGAGCUUCUUCCAGAGCCUGCUCAAAGCUACAGGCAUUGAUCUGGAGAAUAUCGUGUACUACAAGGAUGACACCCACUACUUCGUGAUGACAGCCAAGAAGCAGUGCCUCCUACGGCUGGGAGUGCUGCGUCAGGACUGGCCCGAUACUGAACGGCUGCUGGGCAGCGCCAACGUGGUGCCCGAGGCUUUGCAGCGCUUUGCUCGGGCAGCUGCCGACUUCGCCACCCAUGGCAAGCUUGGGAAGCUGGAGUUUGCCCAGGACGCCCAUGGGCGGCCGGACGUCUCUGCCUUUGACUUCACAAGCAUGAUGCGGGCAGAGAGCUCUGCUCGGGUGCAGGAGAGGCACGGCACCCGCCUGCUGCUGGGGCUGGUCGGGGACUGUCUGGUGGAGCCCUUCUGGCCCCUGGGCACUGGAGUGGCCCGGGGCUUCCUGGCAGCCUUUGAUGCCGCCUGGAUGGUGAAGCGGUGGGCAGAGGGCGCUGGGCCCCUAGAGGUGUUAGCAGAGAGAGAGAGCUUGUACCAGCUCCUGUCACAGACGUCCCCGGAGAACAUGCACCGCAACGUGGCGCAGUACGGGCUGGACCCCGCCACCCGCUACCCCAACCUGAACCUGCGGGCUGUGACCCCCAGUCAGGUACGAGACCUGUACGACGUGGAGGCCAAGGAGCCUGUGCAGAAGAUGAGUGACAAGACAGACUCCGGAAAGCCAGCCACUGGGGCAGUGGGCUCCCAGGAGGAGCUGCUGCGCUGGUGCCAGGAACAGACAGCUGGGUACCCCGGGGUCCAUGUCACUGACCUGUCUUCCUCCUGGGCUGAUGGGCUGGCUCUGUGCGCCCUGGUGCACCGGCUGCGGCCCGCCCUUCUAGAACCCUCCGAGAUCCAGGGAAUGGGGGCUCUGGAAGCUACUUCUUGGGCGCUGAAGAUGGCAGAGCAUGAGCUGGGCAUCACACCAGUGUUGUCCGCACAGGCGAUGGUGGCAGGGAGUGACCCACUGGGCCUCAUUGCCUACCUCAGCCACUUCCAUAGUGCCUUCAAGAGCACACCACACAACCCAGGCUCGGUCAGCCAAGGCUCCCCAGGCGCUGCCACUGCUGUACUAUUCCUUGGCAAACUGCAGAGGACCCUGCAACGGACCCGGACUCAGGAAAAUGGGGAGGAUGCUGGUGGCAAGAAGCCUCGCCUGGAGAUGGAGGCUGAGACCCCAAGUACUGAGGAGCCACCUGUCCAAGAGCCUGAUGAACCAAUGACACCGCCAUCCCAGCAGCAGGACGCCAGUGCUGAGGAUCUGUGUGCACUUUGUGGGCAACACCUCUAUAUCCUGGAACGCCUCUGUGCUGAUGGCUGUUUCUUCCACCGGAGCUGCUUCCGCUGUCAUAUCUGUGAGGCCACAUUAUGGCCAGGUGGCUAUGGGCGGCACCCAGGAGAUGGAUAUUUCUACUGCCUCCAGCACCUGCCUCAGACAGGCCACAAAGAAGAUAGCAGCGACAGAGGUCCUGAGAGUCAGGACCUUCCCAUGCCGAGUGAGAGUAACAUGCCAUUAGGCCCCAUGACUCCCGUGGCCCUCCACCAAGGGACCAGUCCUGUCCCAAACCCCAGCCAGCCCACCCGUCGACUGAUCCGCCUCUCCAGCCCAGAACGCCAGCGUUUAUCCACCCUUCAUCUCACCCCUGACCCGGAAAUGGAGCCUCCACCCAAGCCCCCCCGAAGCUGCUCUGCCUUGGCCCACCAAGCCCUGGAAGCAAGCUUCAAGGGCUGGGGAAUGCCAGUCCAGAGCCCUCAGGGUAGCUGCUGGCUCAGGGUGGAGAUGGUUCUUGAGGCCAUGGAAAAAGGGGAAGAAGAGAGUUCCUCCUCCAGUGAAGAGGAAACAGAGGAAGAGGAAGAUGUGCCUUUGGACUCAGACAUGGAACAGUUUCUGAGGAACUUGGCUAAGAACUCAGGCACCAUGAACAAUUAUCCAACGUGGCGUCGGACUCUGCUGCGCCGGGCCAGGGAGGAGGAGAUGAAGCGGUUCUGCAAGGCUCAGGCCAUCCAGCGGCGACUAAAUGAGAUUGAGGCUGCUCUAAGGGAGCUGGAGGCCAGGGGCACAGAGCUGGAGCUGGCUUUGAGGAGCCAGAGCAGUUCCCCCGAAAAGCAAAAGGCAUUAUGGGUAGAACAGCUGUUACAGCUUGUUCAGAAGAAAAACAGCCUGGUGGCCGAGGAGGCUGAGCUCAUGAUCACAGUGCAGGAGCUGAACUUAGAGGAGAAACAGUGGCAGCUGGACCAAGAGCUGCGAACCUACAUGAAUCGGGAAGAAACCCUAAAGACAGCUGCUGAUCGGCAGGCUGAGGACCAGGUCCUGCGGAAGCUGCUGGAUGUGGUGAACCAGCGAGAUGCUCUCAUCCGCUUCCAGGAGGAGCGCAGGCUCAGUGAGCUGGCCUCAGAGCCCGGGGUCCAGGGCUAGAAGAGGGCAGGCUGCCUGACUUAUCGGCCAGGAAGACUGCCUUACACAGAACAGUGCUAUCCUGUGUUCAUCUGGGCUGCCUGGGAGAGGGCCUCAGUGUUUACAAUAAAACGUUUCUGACAUAAACAGGA